AUGCCAAACAAAUACCGCAAAUACCUAAUACUUUUGUCACCCACUCCCUCCCUCAAGCCUAAUCCAAACUCUCUUAAGGAAGCCCAAAACUGCACUCCCAAACACCCUCGUACCAUCAAAAGGCGCAUCCGCGCAUAUAGUCGAGCUCGAAAUUUAAUGGAGCGUUUCAGUUCUUCUCGAGUCUCCAAAGGAAUUUUCAAGCUUGCCCCUCGAACCCGUGAUAUUAGGGAGCUUGUUUCAACUGAAAUCAGAGAUGAAUAUAAAAGUACGAGACCACUUCAACUCGAAGGAAAUUUCAUCCCCAAAGAAUGGGAUAAUAGAUUCAUUAUAGAAGCUGAAGGGUACGAUAUCCCAAACAACUGGAUAAACACCGAUUUGGAUCAACUGAUCAACUAUAUCCAUGAAACAAUAAAACACACAAAGCUUCAAGGGUUCGAAGCUCAGUUGCUAGUAGCAGCUGCCUCUUAUAUGUAUCGACCAGGCACUGUUAACGAAGAGAGAAUGAUAUCCUCCACUCAUUUCGGUGAUACCCCUUUAUCAUGGAAGCCACUGAAAAGAGAAACACAGGCAGGUGGCUAUACUAAUCAAGCUCUUCCUCAUGGAGUAAGGAAGUUUGGACUUUUUGUUUGUGGGUUUCUACUCAAGGUGUUGACUAAAUCAUCAGCAAACAUUCGAUUAUCUUGGGAAGCAAAGACAAAAAGGUAUAUGAAUUUCUAUAAAAUGGGAACCAACAGACCAAAGGAGUGGGAAAUACCAAAUGAUGAGUGGGUUGAGAUAAUCAAGAGACAGUUCACAAGGAACAUAUUAGCAAAAAAGUCAGCGUUAAGGCUAAUAAACAGCUUUGAGACCCUUUAUUGUCUGAGAGAAACUCAUGAAUCUGAAUUUGUUAGGUAUCUUUUCAGUACACCUUUAUCUUACACAGGUAUGCAUGCAUAUAAGCUGUUCUGUUCUUGUGUGCAUAAGUUGAAGAAGGACCCAAGUUGGCUACUUACCAAUCUUCAUUGUCAUCAAUUCGCACCAGCACUAUCCUCAAUUCAUGAUGUCUUGCAGAAUUGGGAAGAAGGAUCACCAAACUUCAAUCCUGCUUUUAGAUAUGCGAGACUAUUAGGUCCUCAAUUCUUCUCGAAUCUCCAAACAAAAUCUUGUGCUGAUUUAGUCUACUGUUUGGCGUGUAUUAUGGAGAACUUUGUUCAAUCCACUGAGAAUGACCAGCCUACUAACAUUGUGGAGUGUGAAAGAUUGGGAAAUGAAGUGAAAGCCAGGAUGCAAGCUGCAGCAGAGAAUGUUAUUGAUGCGUCUAGGGUUGGGUAGGGUAGGGAGGUGCCUUCAUUAUGCUCCAUAUUAGUAUGUUAGCAUCUAGGUUUAGGCCAAGACCCUUAUGGUUUAGGUUAGGCCAAGGGCCACUUAUGUAUCCGUAUUUAUAUGAGGUUUAACCCUCACUAUUAAUCAAACAAUCUAUUAUAUAACAUUUAAUGCC